UCAGCGAUAGACCUGGCAGCAGGCUCCUGAGGUCUCGAAAUGGCUUUUAUAGCUAACUGGAAGAGCUUCUUGCUACUUACUUUCCUGAUUAAGGAGAACAAUGGUGCCCUCCUGUUGUUGUCCGUGCCACUUUUGUUCCUGUGUAGUCCAUCUCUUCCUGCUGCCAGAUCAGCAGAAUGACUUUGUGCCCUUGCCUUACAGGCAUCCAUCAUGACGGGGAGUGUGCACAACCUGGGUCUAGAGGGCAGCAAGCUGCUCCUGGACUCUGUCAACCCAUCGGGACUGAGCCCAUUGAGGAAAGCAAACUCCAGCUGUGAUGAUGGACAGACCGAGGGUAGCAGCUCCCCUGCCAAGAAGAACGAGAGGAACCUGGACAUGAAGAAGAUCGAGAAGGAGAUGCAGGAAAUCAUGUCCCCUACCCCUCUCGAGUUUCACAAGAUGACACUCCACAAAGACCCGGAGAGCGAAGACUUUGGAUUCAGUGUGUCGGAUGGCCUGUUAGAAAAAGGUGUCUAUGUAAAUAUGGUCCGUCCGGAUGGGCCAGCAGAUCAGUGUGGCCUCAAGCCAUAUGACAGAGUGCUUCAGGUAAUAAAUGCAAAAUGCAGUUCUGGAGGCUGGGACGGAGUGAAUGAGUGGCUGAGAGGAAGAGAGAAGUGAGACCCACCCAUGGCAGCACUAACUUUAAUGAAAGGUAAUAGUUAGCCAACUAGGUGAGCACUUAGCCACCAAGCUAUCAAUGGGACCUGUGUUUUAUAAUGACAAAUCACUAGGUAGUACCCCCGGGUGGUACCCC